GACCCAUAUUUCAUCUCAGUCCGACUCCUCACCUACCAAAUCAUGCAUGCAGAAAAGACAAGAACUAAAUUCGACGGCGUCCCCUUUCUCGUACUCGUUCUACCUCAAGUCCCUAAGAGCCAAACUGAUGUUCUGAAAAAAGAGGGCGCGACGAUUGUGGAAGUCCAGCCGCUUGAUUUACCAGAUCUAUUUGAUAAGAACUAUAUCAUGGGAUCACGGUUUAGGGAUGUGCUGUCGAAACUGAGGUUGUGGCAGUUGACAGAUUAUGAGAGGGUGCUUUAUUUAGAUGCGGAUUCUUUUUUGCUAGAAAGGUUGGAUGGGCUUUUUCUGGAUGAGAGGUAUAGUGAUGACGUUGAAGGAAAUAGCCAUGGGAGAAAGGUAUUCGAGCCCCCGGAAGAAUUCAUCAUGGCGGCUAGCACAGACACCUACGGCGACCAAACGGAAUGGGAACAACCAGGCCAUGUUAACUACCUUUGUGCAUGCUUCAUGCUGUUCGCACCCAGUGAGCAGAUGUUCGAUUAUUACCGCUAUGUGCUGACUGGCCCGGACGCCCCUCCCAAUGCAGCGUACCCUGAACAAGAUUUAUUGAUUUAUGUACACAGGCUAGAGGGGCAGAUGCCUUGGACUAGGAUUCCGAUCGAGUGGAGCGCGAACGAUGGAGAGAUGGUGGAUGAGCUUGUUGGAGGGGUCAAGAGUUUACAUGUUAAGGGGUGG